AAAUGAACAGAAAGAGCAGAGAGAAAGAAGAGCUCCGCAGAGGUCAGGGUGUGAUAGUCUGCAGAGCGUAUCCACAUGGGUCUGUCCGCAAGGGGAUGGAGCAAUGGUCUGCAGAUCUGUAUAGAGGUCAGGGAUGGAAUAAUCUGCAAUAUACCUGCUGUAGAAGAUGACCAGAGACUGCGGACACAGUACAGGGGAUGACCAGAGACUGCGGAGACACAGUACAGGGGAUGACCAGAGACUGCAGACACGUACAGGAGAUGACCAGAGACUGCAGACACGGGAUGACCAGAGACUGCGGACACAGUACAGG